CCCCCACUACAAAUUUUGCGGGACACUUAGCGGGACGUUGGCUAGCUAAUCAAAUAAAGCAGUAAAUACAACAACAAUUAAAAAAAAUAUAUACAUUUUUCUCUUAAUUGAUCUACGCAAACAAAGAAAAAUGUUACAAAGGGGGGGCGUCUCUGGAAAACCCCUGGGAUUUGGCCUAUUCCUUCUGAUUGUCGUCGGCAUCGCCGGCACCAACAGUCUGGCCCAUUUUCGUCAUGGCCGUCUGUUCAAUGGAUUUCUGGGUAAACCCAGCAAAACGCCUGGACUCCAGGGAUCUUUGGAAACGGAAGACUUGUGGUUCGAACAGCGUUUAGAUCAUUUCCAGCCAAGUAAUACCCAGACAUGGCAGCAACGUUACUUUGUCAACGAAGACUACUACAGGAAUGACAGUACGGCGCCGAUUUUCCUAAUGAUUGGCGGCGAGGGGGAGGCCUCCAAGAAAUGGAUGCAUGAAGGUGCUUGGAUUCACUAUGCCGAACAUUUUUCGGCAUUGUGCAUACAGCUGGAGCAUCGUUUCUAUGGCAAGAGUCAUCCGACAAAGGAUUUGUCCACCUCGAAUCUGGUUUAUUUAACCUCUGAGCAGGCCCUGGCUGAUUUGGCCAACUUUGUGGCGGCCAUGAAGGUGAAAUAUGAUCUUAAGGAUUCACAGAAAUGGAUAGCCUUCGGUGGCUCGUAUCCCGGAUCAUUGGCUGCCUGGGCCAGGGAGAAAUAUCCACAUCUCAUUUAUGGUUCAAUUAGCUCUAGCGGUCCGCUUUUGGCUGAAGUGGACUUUAAGGAAUACUUUGAUGUUGUGAAGGCUUCACUGGCCAGCUAUAAACCUGAUUGUGUGGAGGCAGUGACACGUAGUUUCGGCCAGGUUGAGAUCCUGUUAAAGCACAUGAUUGGCAUGGCCAAUCUGGACAAGACAUUCAAAACUUGCACUCCCAUCAAGGAUUCCAUUCACAAUGAUUUGGAUAUAUCGAAUUUCUUUGAGAAUCUAGCUGGCAAUUUUGCCGGCGUAGUCCAAUACAACAAGGAUAACAGUCCUCAUGCCACCAUUACCAUUGACGAUAUUUGCGAUGUAAUGUUAAAUACCACAAUGGGACCACCAGUCACACGUUUGGCUGCCGUCAAUGAUCUGCUACUCCAGCAAUCGAACGCCUCGUGCCUGGACUACAAAUAUGACAAAAUGAUAGCUGAUAUGAAAAAUAUAUCAUGGGACUCGGAGACCGCCCAGGGAGCACGCCAAUGGACCUAUCAGACAUGCAAUGAGUUUGGUUUCUAUCAGACAUCAGAGAACAAGGCGGAUACAUUCGGUGAUCGAUUCGGUGUGGACUUUUUCAUACGUCAAUGUCAGGAUGUUUACUCAAGUGACAUGGAUGCCCGGUAUUUGGAACAGGUGGUGGGCCAGACGAAUAAGCAUUACGGUGCCUUGAAACCAGAAACCACAAAUGUUCUCUAUAUCCAUGGCUCCAUUGAUCCCUGGCAUGCAUUGGGUUUGAUCAAGCCGAUAAAUGCCAAAACCCCAACCAUCUAUAUAGAAGGCACUGCCCAUUGUGCCAAUAUGUAUGAGCCGGUGAAAAGUGAUCCACCCCAAUUGGUUGAGGCCCGUAAUAAGAUACUCAAAUACUUGGCCAAUUUGCUUACUGAAUAUGACUCGGAAUUGAACUGAACAGCCCCUCCCAAAGAAUUAUGGUUUUUCGCCACAUCAGCGUUUCUUUUCUCGAUUUAUAUAUAUAUACAUAUAUAUAUAUGUAUAUAUUAUAUGUAUGAUAUUUUUUAAGUGUAAAAUGAUUUUGUGUUAUUAAAGUGUUGCCUUGGCUUUGGUGUAGCCCUGAAAGGUUAUUUAUAUAUAUA